AACCUUUUGUCUUCCCGAAUUUGCCAUCUUCUUUAUUCGCAGCUCCCUUGAAUCUCUCUUUCAUCUUCACAUAGUAAAAUGAUACUUUCCACCCAUUGCCUUUUACACAGAUGAGUUUCACGGAGGAGAGGCAAAGCAUUUUCGGUACAACGGAUUCAUCCCACUCAGUAAUGGGCGGUUUUGGGAAACAGGUUUAGAAAUGCUGAAGCAACGGAUCGAGGGGAUUUUAAGGAUUGGGUAUUGCAGAGGAUCGGAAUCCGUGUGUGCACUACAACUGAUCGACGGUUGGGCCCAGAGACGUACCUCUUUGUUCUUUCAAAAUGUACGGAAGGUCCAUGUCGUGAACUUAAACAAGUUUCUCAAAUGCUCUCCUCUCCACAAAACGAGCAUCUAUGAUAGAAGAACUGGUUCUAUGUGGGUUCCAGUGAAGCACAAAUCAAGUGGAGGUAGGAGACCCAAGAAGAAAAUCUAUCACAGAGUCCAUGAACUCGAUAGAGUAAUGGACUUGCAGAAGAAGCCAUCUCUAAUCCUUCAACUCAAGUCCAUCAUCCAAUCCCAGAAACACCAGUCUCUCCUUCUCAGAGACCUGGAAAAACAAGUUGGGUUUGUCCAGAAAUGGAGCUUCAUGGCUGUCAUCGAGAAGUAUCCUUCAAUAUUCUGCGUUGAUGGUGGUAACCGAACACCCCCUUCUGUUAGGCUCACCGACAAAGCGCAAAAGAUUGCCAGUGAAGAAGCUGACGCUAGGAAAUUGAUGGAACCCAUCCUGGUUAAGAAUUUGAGGAAGUUGUUAAUGUUAUCAGUUGAUUGUUGUGUACCACUCGAAAAAAUUGAAUUCAUCGAGUCUGAAUUGGGUUUGCCUAAUGACUUCAAGAAGUCAUUGAUUCCGAAAUACCCAGAAUUCUUUACUGUGAAGGAUGUCAAUGGAAAGGCUUAUCUUCAUUUGGAAAAUUGGGAUUCUUCAUUGGCAGUCACUGCCCGCGAGGAAAGAUUAGCAUGCGAAGGGGUUAUGCACUCAUCUGUGGGUCCAAGAAAGGUUAGAAUAUCGAAAGACGGUAACUAUCAAGGUCCAUAUGCGUUUAGAAUGGAUUUUCCUGCUGGCUUUAGGCCAAACAUGAGUUAUCUUGAGGAACUCGAGAAGUGGCAGAAAAUGGAAUUUCCUUCUCCGUACUUAAAUGCAAGGAGAUUUGAAGCUAAAGAUCCAAAAGCUCGGAAACGGGUGGUGGCAGUCCUCCAUGAGUUGCUCAGUUUGAGUAUGGAGAAGCGGAUGACAUCUGCACAAUUGGAUGCAUUUCAUUCAGAGUAUCUGUUACCAUCUCGAUUAUUGCUUUGCUUGAUCAAGCGUCAAGGAAUGUUUUACAUCACUAAUAGAGGUGCGAGAAGUACUGUUUUCCUCAAGGAAGCUUAUGGUGGUUCAAAUUUGAUAGAUAAAUGCCCCUUAUUAUUAUUUUAUGAUAAGAUUGUAUCACUAAGUGGUAGGAGAGUGAUGAAUUUGCAUGGUGGGAUGCCUUCUUCACAGGCUGUUUCCUGAUAAUAGAGAUAUUCCCUAUUCAUGAGCUCUAGCUAACUGGCCUUGACAUGCCCCAAUAAUCAUUCCUUUUUGUGCUUAUUCAUCUUA